AUGAGCCACCCAGCCAGUUCUUGUCAGGAGCUGGUUGAAAACUGUCCUGUGCAUGUAGCAGGGAUGGCACAAGAAGAGAGCCGUCGCGGACAAGUGCCAUCCACCUUUUACCAUGGUGCCAACCAGGAACUUGACCUGUCCACCAAAGUGUACAAAAGGGAAUCUGGAAGUCCCUAUUCUGUGCUAGUGGACGCCAAGAUGAGCAAGCCACAUCUCCAUGAGACAGAGGAACAGCCAUAUUUCAGGGAGGCAAGAGCAGUGUCUGACGUGCACGCUGUCAAGGAAGAUCGGGAGAAUUCUGAUGACACGGAGGAGGAGGAAGAGGAAGAGGUCUCUUACAAAAGGGAGCAGAUCAUAGUGGAGGUAAACCUUAAUAAUCAAACAUUAAAUGUAUCUAAAGGGGAAAAGGGUGUCUCUUCUCAGUCCAAAGAGACUCCUGUUCUUAAGACGAGCAGUGAGGAGGAAGAGGAAGAGAGUGAGGAAGAGGCCACAGAUGACAGCAAUGAUUACGGAGAGAAUGAAAGGCAGAAGAAGAAGGAGAAGAUAGUGGAGAAAGUCAGCGUUACCCAAAGGCGAACGCGGAGAGCUGCCUCUGUUGCCGCAGCUGCCACUUCCCCUUCUCCCAGAACUACGAGAGGGCGUAGGAAGAGUGUAGAGCCACCUAAGCGUAAGAAGCGGGCCACCAGAGAGCCCAAGGCGCCAGUCCAGAAAGCUAAGUGUGAAGAGAAAGAGACUCUGACCUGUGAGAAGUGCCCCAGGGUGUUUAAUACUCGCUGGUACCUGGAGAAGCACAUGAACGUUACUCACAGGCGCAUGCAGAUCUGUGAUAAGUGUGGCAAGAAGUUUGUCCUGGAAAGUGAGCUGUCCCUUCACCAGCAAACAGACUGUGAAAAAAACAUUCAGUGUGUUUCCUGUAACAAAUCAUUCAAGAAACUCUGGUCCCUUCAUGAACAUAUCAAGAUCGUACAUGGAUAUGCAGAAAAGAAAUUUGCCUGUGAAAUUUGUGAGAAGAAAUUCUAUACCAUGGCUCACGUGCGGAAACACAUGGUUGCACACACGAAAGACAUGCCAUUCACGUGUGAAACCUGCGGGAAGUCAUUCAAACGCAGCAUGUCGCUGAAGGUGCACUCCCUGCAGCACUCUGGAGAGAAGCCCUUCAGAUGUGAGAACUGUGAUGAGCGGUUCCAGUACAAGUACCAGCUGCGCUCCCACAUGAGCAUCCACAUCGGGCACAAGCAGUUCAUGUGCCAGUGGUGCGGCAAGGACUUCAACAUGAAGCAGUACUUUGACGAGCACAUGAAGACGCACACUGGAGAGAAGCCCUUCAUCUGCGAGAUCUGCGGCAAGAGCUUCACCAGCCGGCCCAACAUGAAGCGGCACCGGCGCACGCACACCGGCGAGAAGCCCUACCCGUGCGAUGUGUGCGGCCAGCGCUUCCGCUUCUCUAACAUGCUCAAGGCGCACAAGGAGAAGUGCUUCCGCGUGACCAGCCCGGUGACCGUGCCCGCGCCCGCCCCGCCCGCCACGUCCCCAACGGCGCCGGGCCCCGGCCCUGGUCCCGGCCCCGGGCCCGCGGUGAGUGCGUCCGCUACCCCCGUGCCCGCCAGCCUGAGCCCGAGCCCGGUGAGCGCGCUCCCGCCGCGGCCCAUCCCCCACCCCUUCUCGCACCUGCACCUCCACGCGCACCCGCACCACCCGCACCACCUGCCCAUCCCCCCGGUGCCGCACCUGCCCCCGCCGCCCGCACUCUUCAAGAGCGAGACCCUGAACCACCGCGGCCAGGCCGAGGACGGCUUCCUGCGGCACCUGACCGACAAGAACGGCGCUACCCCGCACCACUAGCCCCCCUCCAGGUCGCAGCCCCUCUGCCGGAGCGGGGCGGGGCGGGGCGGGCGAACCGGCAGACCCGGACAGCCGGGGACCACCUCGGGCUCGCGAGGACUGUCCUGAAACCAGGGGAACCACCGAACUGAAGCCCAGUUUGCUUGCAUUUUCUGAUGACUUUUAUAAAUUUCAAAUACUCCAACUUACGGGAUUUUAUAACUUCAUAUCAGCUGAUGAGGUAUGCUUGCUUUUAUAUCCUGGACUUCUCCUCAAAGAGGAGAUAGGCCUGGUUUCCUUUGUACUAAUCGGGAAGGCUGUGAGAUUAAUCCAGAGCAUUAAUUGUAUCACUGUGUAUUGUAAUGAAUUCUUUUCCGCUAUCGGUGCUGGCUGCAGAGUGGAGCUGGCCCCGAUUCGCAGUAUAUCAAGCAUUAUAGAGAAAGAUGGAAAUUUUCUUCGUGUAGCUCUCCUAACGCACUCUUUAUUUUACUACAGAAAUUAUUUUAGAGUUUUUGUAUAGACUUCUUUAGUAGUCUGUUUCUAAAAUGAAAUGUAUUUCAAUAAGCGGUGUAAUUUUUCAGUGUAGCUGAACCUAUGUUGUAAAAUAGAAAAAAAUUUUUAUAAUCAUCAAAAUGUGAUUCUUAAAGAUGCAUAUAACUUCUAUAAUUCAAAGCUAUUCUUACACCUGUACAACUCAAAGGUGCUUUAGAGACUAUAUGUGUGAGCGGUCAGCAGGCUGGGUCACCGCAGGCGAGCAGGGCGUGCGUGCUUCACCGUUCACGCCUCUGCUCACACUCAGGUGGCGUCGGGCUCAGACGCGCCUGUGCGCCGUGCUCCUUCGGGCUCCCUUCGUGCAGUAAGUGGAGAGCUUUUCGGGCUGCUGGGCUUUUCCAGGGCGCUCGCCUACAGGUGCCCUGGGCUGGAAACAUGGGGUUGGUCACUGUCAGGAGAAGGACGUCCGGUAGCGGGAACUGUUUCCUCUUAGUCACAUCUGUUUCUCACUUCCCUUAGGAACUGUGCUCGUGUUUAACCAUUCUGGGAAACAAAUUGGAGUCUCUCGUUCUGAAGUUGCUUUAUUUUUUAGAAUUGUUAUGAGAAGCUAACGUAGCAAACUGAAAUCUCAAACAUGAUUUGCUGGCAGUGGCUGAGAAACUUGGAUGAGAAGACAAACUGAGUAUGAGUUUGGAAAUGUCUGAUGUUCACAACUCUGAGCGAUUUUAACACAGUUGAUAGUGUAGCAGGGACACCGUGUAAGUCUUCCUGCGCUGCAGGUGACCGUGCCGGCCGACAGCCUUGGGCAAGGGGAGAGCAGCGCCUGCCUCACUUUCGCUUCCCUGCGGAGCCUCCAGAGAGCAUGCCGGGCAGGAGGCGGGGCUGACACAGGUGACUUCCGCUGAAUAGUUCGUCCAGGCUCGGUACCACCACUAACUCGGUAUUCAUCUCAGAGAUCAGAGUCCCAAGGACAGGUCCUUCUCCCUCCACUGCCCUCUCCAUUUUAAACCUUGGAAUUUCUUCAUUACUCUUUCCUUGGGUCCGUAGAUCAUUGCCUGGCUUUUAUUUAUUUUAUUUUUUAAUAUUAAAUGUGCAGAUAGGCGUCAAGCACUUUUCCAGCUGAUUUAGCUCUGCAGCAGGGAAAAAUGGAACUCUCCGCUGAGCUUAGAUCCCUCUUUUAUUUUUUUUCUUUCUUUCGGUACCGGGGAUUGAACUCGGAUCCUUGCUCUUGCGCAGCAGGUGUCGAAACCACUGAGCUAAAUCCCAGGCCUAGAUCCCUCUAUUAGCUAUUUUGGUUUAAUGAUUCCAAAUUUUCUCCUUCAGAUUUUGCCUUUGGCUUUUAAAAUGCAUAGGAAGAUGCAGGAGACAGAAAAGUAUCUCAAGACAUACUUUUCUUCCUGUUUUGGCUGUAAGUUUUAAACAGUAGUAUUUUUAUAUCUGUGUACAUUCUUUGAGCCCCUGGGCACCUAAGCCAAUAAGGAAGUUAAUUCCUUGCUGUGACUGUUACCUUAGUGGCUGUCCCCCCCUACCACCACCAUCUCCUUUGCAUUCCAGGACAAGUUUGUAAAGCCACACUUUUAUGUAGACAUAGCAUUAUUUCAUGGUCAAGCCUAUAAUAUUAAAAAUAAUUGUCCUUAAAAAGAUGUACGUUAUAGCUUAGUUCAUUGGUUAUACCUUAUUUGUUCUAAAUAAAUUUACAGUAUUAGGCAACAAUUUUGAGUUCUAGACAAGAUCUUUGAAUCAACCAUUUCAUGAGGUGUAUUGUGAUUAUACCCUGGAAAAUUCUGGUAGUUGUGUUUGAUUUUUCAUUCAAGUAACUAUAACCAUAGGAAAAUAGCUGCCACACAGGAAAACUAGCAGUAAGCAGAUAACCACCACCAUCUUUCCCAGAAGCAAAAAAAAAAAAAAAAAAAAAAUCAGUUUCUUACAGUAUAAUUCUUAGUGAAAUGGAUUAUGGAACAGUCUGGAAACUUCCAGGGUUUUUCCCUGGCUAAGUAUACCUUCCCUGACUGGGAUCUGUGGUGUUUGGGAAGAUGGUGCCUCGUCAGCAUCACGGGACACAAAUAGUGACUGCUCAAAGGAGAGUUGUGACACGCAGGACUGCAGGUGAAGCCUUGCUCGUGUGUGCACGUCAAGGCUUAAUGUGAAGGCUCAGACUCAGGGUGGAGAGUGGGGUCCCCUACUAAGGGAAAGCUGCAUUGUGCCGUGUUCUCUCCCACAUCUGCUGCAACGCCUGUGAAUUCCUCAGCUCCUGUUGUUACCUGCUCCCCUGCUCGUGAAAAGAUGCAGGAGAGUUGGAGUUCUCAGCCCUUCUCCGUACUGUCUUUCAUUGCAGCAUUACAUAGACACCAAGUUGGGGCGCUCUCUUGCAACUUCAUUUUACAUUGCCUUCAAGGGCUUGUAACAUUGCAAGAGUUGCAGAUUUGAGGAAAAUUCCCCAAGGGCUUUUCUGAGUUGGCAUUAUAUUUCUGGUGGUUGGUUUGUUUUUGUAUUUUUUAUCCUUUUUUCAUAGAUUUAUCAUUCAAAUAUGAAUUUUUUUUAGCCUUAAAAAAGGCUGCUGCCCCUGUAAUCUCAGCACUCAGGAGGCUGAAGCAGGAGGAUCACCAUGAGCUUGAGGCCAGCCUGGGCAACAACAUAGUGAGUUCAAGACCAGCCUGAACUACACAGUGAGACACUGUCUCAAAAAAAGGCUGCUUGCUUUCUCAAAUUGAGUCAAGUACACUCAUACUGAAGUUUUAAAUUUUGAACAACAAAAAAGAUCAGAUUAAAACAUGUGGCUUUCUACACAUAUUUAUGAUUUUAUUGUUUUCAGCAAAUGGUGAGUCUGCAUAAAAACCUUAACUGUAGUUCCAAGAAGCCUUUUCAGAUCCCUUCUGUAUACUUUUCUAGUCUGCCAUGUGCAUAAACAGCCCUAGAUUAAUGGCUGAGCAUGGAGAUUUCCAUAGUUGUACCUUCUUUUCUCAAAACUGCAGUUGUUGGAAGUACCUUGUUCUUAUGGUUAGAACUCUCCCUAGAAUUUGUCCCUUGCACACUAACCAAAGGCAAAAUAUUCUGAAGAGAUACCGGUAAAAAUUUAUGAGAUUUUUUUUUUUUCAGUUUUUAUUUUUGUUGCAUGGAUAUGUGGUUUCCUUUUGAUUUUACUGGCAGUUUUAAAUUUUGAGACUAUGAAGCAGAGAUAGAAAUACAUUUCAGACGUACAUAUAUAUUUACCCCAUCUUGCAGAUUUCAGUUAGUACAACCCAGUAUGGUAUGUGGAUUUUUAUGUUUAAAAGAAAAGCAAACCUGAAAACUAAAGAUAGAGAAAUCCUUCUGUUUGAGCUACUGUACAGAGAAGAUAACUCUACUGCGCUGCCGACCCACGUGAUGAAAAUGUCAGUGCUGUCCCAGACUACAUGGAGAGUGUUUAAUGAAAACAGUGAUAAAUUACUUUCAAGCAUUUUAUCAGCUCACUACUUUUUAAAAAGUCAAUUCAGUUGGAAUUUUUCCAACUGUAACGUUGAGCAAGUAAAUAUUGAGUUUUAAUUUUCCUUUGCCUAAACCAAGAUAGGAAAUUUCCCAAAAGGUCAUUUUCUUUCAGGAAUGAAAGGUCACAGCCAUUGGAGACAGUGGCAUUAUUAUGCAAUAACAGCGCCUGCUGACCUGCCUAUGCCACCUGUAGCGUUCGUGAGAAGUGUGACCUUGCAGCCCUGGACACUACCUCGAUGAAGCCAACCAGAGACCCUCUGCCCUUUCUACGGAAGCCAUACAAGUUGCCAUCCGAUGUAUCCACUUUCAUAGUUCUCUACUUUUAUACUCUCUAGACUUUUUAUAGACUUUGUGAUCAGAUCUUUCUGUCUUAGAGGGUAGGCUUUGCAAGACUCUAAGGAAACUGAUGCUCUUAGUUGUCCCAACUUCAAAGCUUUAGCUUCAGUGAAUUCCUUUGAAGAACCAGAUAAUGUACCGGGUAUCAGAUUGUGUCCUGGAGUCAGAGCUACCUGGCAGAGUUGUAUACUCAGAAAACAGACUUCUCCCUUUCCCUCAGUAGAAGCUGUGCCGUUGCAGGAAGUGACAUACAAAUUGGCUUUCUUUCUACUUUGUGACCCGUGUAGCACACACGACCAGUGUUCUGGAGUCGUUUCGGUUUCUUGAUGAUAGAGUGAGAGCCUUUGCCUCCGUCCUGACACACCUUCAUCCCUCACUCUCUCCCUGAGUGCCUUCAACAAGCCAGAGCCCUGGCACACUCUUCCCUGGUCCAACUCCUACCUCUGACAAUUUCACUGUCUGUGAGCAUUGCCAUUCACCCAUCCUGCGGUGUGUUUCACCUUACAGGCUAGCGCAAACCUAGGCUGGGAAUCUGGCACAUAGCUCUGUCUCCUUCCUCCGUGUCAUUUUGGGGUUGCAUUCUUCACUUUUAUUUAUAUCUUCACAUGUUCCGUCUCUCGUGUUGGGACCUGUUACCCUUGUCCCACUCUUCACCUGCCCCCUUUCACUGGAAGCUGGUCAUUCCUUCACCUUUAAAGGUCACUGGGUGUCUCUUUCGGACAGCUUGUCUCCCUUGAAGUCUUCCUGAACUUCCGCCUGCCCUUCCCGACGAAGGGGCCCUGAAUGCUGCUGUCGCCCCGUGUCCUCUAUCUUCCAUAACCAGUUUGCAAGUUGUGCCCAUAAUUAUAUUUCAACCUGAUGAAUUUAAAAGUGCUCUCUGGGUUUAACAAAAGUCCUUUAUUGAUUUCUGAUCUGCCUCCCUCUCCAUCCCCCUGCCCCUCAAAAACCUUUUUUCUAGUUGUUCUCAUCUAAUGCAUAUUAAAAGUAUGAUUGCUGCAUAAUAUAUGAAGGAUGUAAUAAAAAGGAGGUUGAAGCAUAUUCUGCAUGCGAUGUGAGCAUCUCAUUGAUAAAACUUGUCUUAGCAGUUGGUUAAUGUUUCACAGCCAAAACCACAGUUUGUGUUACGUACAGGCCUCUUGCUUCCUAAGUUCUCCAAAAGUGAAAACAAAGGAACUCCUUAAAAUGAGGAAAUUGAAUUCCAUUUUUUGUAGGGAAUGAAAACUGUUGAGUGUUUUGGCUGUAGUCAAAAUCUUUGCUUCCUCACUCAAAAUCUCCCUCCUCUUUCCUUAGUUACUAGCGCUCAGGUGUUCACUCUAAUAACCACAUGCCGCAGGGGUCUAAAGGUGCUGUUCAUGAAGCCCGAGUCCUGUCUGUCGCAGACUGUGUUAUGGGUGGGACAGUGCAGCGGUGUGAGGGUUGCUUCGUUUCAUAACGCUAAGUCUAGGACAUUGAAAGGCUGCUGGGAGUGGGGUCUCGUUUUCCGAAUGCAAGAGGCAGAUCUGCUUUGCAGAGAAUGGUGGCAGGGGCUCCUCAUUGCUGCCCUGAGUACUUUUUAUGUUUGAUUGCCUUGUUGUCCCCCAACAGUGACCUAGACACUUGCAUCUUGCAUACAACUGGCUGCCUGAAGUUUGCUUUCCAGGGUGUUGCUUCCAUCUUGAGAGCCCCAGCCAGCAAACAGUGCAGGGCCCCCUGGCUUGUCCCGUCCGUGUCUUCAGGGGGCAGUGUCCCACAGCCUCCUAGCUCCAGCUCACUUUCAGGCUGCUCCGCUUCUCUGCUGAGAUCAGGGAUAUUCCACAUUCCCUGAAGGUGAUUUCGUAGAACGCACAGGAAAUGGGGCUGGGGAGAGAAAAACUGGCAGCUGGGCUUUGCUUGAGCCUCGCCUUGGCCAGUCAGUCAGGACUGGGAGCUGGCCCUGUACCGGGUGUGUCCUUUACAGGUGAGCAGGACAGAGGUCCCAGCUCACAUUCUGCAAAGGACUUGAGUGUGCCUCACUGCAUUUGCAAAUUAGCAGAAAGUAGCUGAACAUCCUAAGGCUCCUAAUUCCUCCACCCAGUAUCUUUCCAUGCUUGCUUAGUCUCCUCAUUGGGCUGAAAAGGCGACAGUGUAGCAUAAUUUUGUUGUUUACUUUUCAGGUUUUAUUUCCAAGGCUAUAGAUGUGGCCACAGAAAACUAGAUGAAUUCUCAGUCUUGCAUAAAUUUGCAUAUGCAGUCCGCUCAUUUCUUGACAAGGCUGAUUCUAGUCCACCGCAGUACUGGCUGUAUCCACAAGGGGGCAACAAAGGACUUCGCGGGCUUUACUUUCAGCUCGCUUUCAGGUCUCCGUUUGCCGUCCCUCACCUCCUUGCUUAUUUGUGCAUCUUGAAGAUUGAGGGCAUUUUCCCUGCUGAGUCCAGUGGUUGCUCAGCCCCGUGAUCCAAGCAAAGGAUGCAGCGUGGUGUGGGCCUUUGGGGGUCAGCUGGCUUCUGAGCAGCUCUUCGCGGACGGAUUGGGAAGGUGAUCCUCUUUACUAACAUGGCCCUCUGGCUCACCACCAGUCUUGCAGUCCUUACGCCGUCUCCUUCCCGAUGAGCAGGCGGUCACCAGCAAAGGGGACACCCCGGCUGGGCCCCUCACCCUACAGAGCCGGAGGCGUGGCCACCCCAACCCGUUUCCUGCCAGCGGCAGCCACCCGAGUGCCAUCUGCAGAACGAGGGAGGCCAGGAGCGGGCAGGUGGCAGGUGGCCAGGUGCAGCUUAUUUGUUGCGAUUUGCAUUUUCCCCAAAAGUAUGGGAAUCACUUGCACUUUUCCUCAUUUCUUAAAGAAAAGAAAAUCCAGUUUGCUUGCCAGGAACUGCUUAGCGUUAGGUUUACAAAGCUUGUUGUUGAAUGUCGACUAUUUGUCCAAAGGAGUUUGACGAAAUAGAAGCUGCUCGGUCCAUGUCCUGCCUGCUGGGUCAUAAGGUCUAGGCCAUGUGGCUGGGGUCCAGAACGGGCCGUGUCCCCCUCCUACCUCUGCUGAGACGCAGCUAGUCACGUCGGGCUUGGUGUGCACAGGCCCACGGCACGCUGCCUGCGCGGUUAGGGGAGUCCGGUCGGGGUGGUGGUCGCUGGGCCGGGCUCUCGAGAUGGGCAGACGCGGAGAGGGACUGCCGGCCCGGUGAGCAGGACACGCGCCGAGGGUCCCUGCCGGCCGCCGCCCGGCUUCCUGCCACCUGCCCCAGCGCCCUGUCCCCCUCAGCGUACUGAUUUCCUCUUGUGUUAACUACACCGAUACUUUUUUUUUUUAGCAAUUGAAAUGCACUUUUUUUAAUUUCAACUCAAUCAUGAUUUUUAAGUAUAAAAAGUUUAUAGAUUGUUAAAACUACUUUUUGUGUAUUUUUAACCACUUGAUGUAGCAUUGUAUAUUUUAUUCUUGGAGACUCUGGUACAAGGUGUGCCGCUUAAUGACCUUUCUAAGAUGCUGGGCCUUUGGAUGUGUACGGUAACCAACCCAAUGCUAAUGUUCAAAGUAAAAAGAAAAAAAGCAGCCAUA